AUGGCGGUGGAGCAGGACAAGAAGAGCCUUCAGGUGUUUAUGGUGGCGCUCAUGAUUGACGGACAGAGGGCGCUUCCUCCAGAUAUGCCUCAGUUGGAGAACCUGGACGUAGAUUGUGCAAAAGAUGGGAUGACAGUGACGGUCGAGUUUGAUAAAACCUUCGGAGGGAUUAUUUAUUCCAAAGGAUAUUAUGACGUCGACAUUUGUCGUUUUGUCAGCGCCACCUCACGAGAAGCACGUAGUUUCACAUUCCAGAUCCCUCUGGCGGCGUGCGGGACAGUAGGUCAAUUCGAGGUUCUAACACGUGACCAGGAUAUGUAUCUAGAGAAUACGGUAAUCAUACAGAAUGACCCCUAUAUUCAGGAGGCGUGGGAUCAAGCUCGGCGUCUUCGGUGCGUAUGGAGUCACACACUGACCAAAACCGUGUCCGCCCGACCUUUCGAAGUCUACCAGCCUUUCACAGUACCAGUAACUUUCACCCAAGAUACCAUCAAUACCCUUAUGGAGGUUCAGGUAGGGAAGGGGCCCUUCUCUGCCCCUGCUUCUGGAUACUUACACGUUGGAGAUGAGACUAGCCUUGUGGUUUACCUCCAAGACCCGACUAACAGAUUUGACGCCCAGAUGAUGGGAUGCGAGGCGUCCAACGGUAAAGGACUUUCUGUUCCUCUGACCGACGAGAACGGUUGUGUCAAACGACCUGAAAUAAUGACACCAUUUUACAAGACACGCGACACGCGCGACACAGGCGCUGAUCUGAUUAUCUACACUUACUUCAAAGCUUUUAAACUACCAGACACUACACACUUCUAUAUUCGGUGUGACAUGAAAGUGUGUCUCAAGAAGUGUAAUGCUCAUUGUGUUCCUCACGCCGGCAACAAAACGUCUCGACACCGACGUAACGCCGACGAAGUUGUCAAAACAACACAACUUUUUCGUGGAUUAACUGUGUUUUCUAAAGAAAACCUAGAGAUGGCGCUUUUUGCCACAGCGGAGAAUUACUGUCUGUCAAAAUCUGCCCUUAUAACGGGAGGAUCUGUUGGAAUAAUGGUUCUCAUAUUGCUUGUUGUCGUGGUUGUAACAGGUUUUAAAAAAAUCAAAGGUUAUCAGUGCUACUGA